AUGGCUUCAUCCACUAUUACCACCGGCGGCCGCCAUUAUUUCUUGCUUGUUGCGUUUUCUCUCCUCUCCUCGGCCGCCUACGGGCAGCUCUCGCAAGAAUACUACGCCUCAAACUGCCCGUCGCUGGAUCAAAUCAUUAAAGCGGAGGUGGAUCGUACCUUGUUCACCGAUCAACCACCUGCCGGCGGACGCCGGAUGGGCGCGUCCCUCCUCAGGCUCUUCUUCCACGACUGCUUCGUUCAGGGCUGCGAUGCCUCGGUUCUCCUGGACGACGACUUGACGAAGUUAAUCGUAAGCGAGAAGAAGGCUGCCCCGAACGACAAGUCCCUACGCGGCUUCGACGUGAUCAACCGGAUCAAGGGUGAAGUCGAGAAAGCCUGCCCCGCCGUCGUCUCCUGCGCCGACAUCCUCGCCCUCGUUGCCAAGCAAGCCGUCAUCUCCCUCGGGGGACAAGGAUGGCCGCUGUUACUCGGCCGGCGCGACUCCACGACGGCGAGCAUGGUGCAAGCAAGCACCGAUCUCCCGUCCCCGAACUCAGACCUGCCCACGCUGAUCGCGGCGUUCGACAAGAAGAAGCUCACGGCUAGGGAGAUGGUGGCGCUGUCCGGCGCGCACAGCAUCGGCCUGGCGCAGUGCGCCAACGCCGACAAGACGACCCAGCAGCAGAGGUGCAGCAACGCCAACAGUAACAGCCUCCUCCCGCUCGACGUGCAGACGCCCGAGGGCUUCGACAACCUGUACUACGGGAACCUGCCGAACAAAGGCCUGCUGCACUCCGACCGCGUGCUCACGGACCGCGCCGACCUCAGGGACCUCGUGCGGCAGUACGCGUCCAACCAGACCCUUUUCUUCGUGGACUUCGCCAGCGCGAUGAAGAAGAUGUCGGAGAUGAGCUUGCUCACCGGAGCUAAUGGCGAGAUCAGGCUCAACUGCACUAGGGUCAACUACAACUAACUUUUUGUUGCGUUUAAUUUGUUGCGUUUGGGAUAAUGGAUGCAUGUGCGUUCGGUGAAUCGUACCAUUGUGUGCGCAUGAAAUAUUUUUAGUCUCGGUGGGCAUUCUUUCGAGCUUCUCUAGUAAGUUCAUAGGCUCGUGUGUCUUCUCCCCAUCCGAAUAACCAUAUAAUUAAGAUCUUAUUUUGAUGCACACAUAUAUGUACUAAAAA